UGAAAAAGAUGAGCGUCCAGACCGUGAUGUAUCAUGGGAAGGAGGAGUCUGAUGACGCAUGGCCACAUUGCUAGGUAGUGUGUGCUGCGUGUUCAGAAGAGGAAGAUAGAGAAGACCGAGCAAAACAAUUUCGAGCUGUUUUAGAUUGAGAGCACAGCAAUUUACCAAAUAUGACACCAGGAUUCAGCCCCCGGGGUGGUGAUCGAGGAGGCAGAGGAGGCUUCCGGGGAAGAGGGAGCUUUGGAGACAGAGGUGGUGGACGGGGGGGUUUUGGAGAUAGAGGUGGACGAGGAGGAUUCAGAGGCAGAGGUGGUGGUGGAGGUGGAUUUAGGUCUCCAAGCGGCGAGGGUGGCUUCAGAGGCCGUGGAGGUGGCCGUGGCACCCCCAGGGGUAGAGGUGGACGUGGCGGCUUCGGGGCUGGCAGGAAAGUCACUGUGGAGCCUCAUAGACAUGAAGGAGUGUUCAUCUGCCGUGGUAAGGAAGAUGCCCUGGUGACAAAGAACAUGGUGAUUGGGGAGUCCGUGUAUGGUGAAAAAAGGAUGAAUGUCGAGGAAGGAGAAACUAAGAUUGAGUACAGAGCGUGGAACCCUUUCCGGUCAAAGCUGGCAGCAGCCAUCUUGGGAGGAGUUGAUCAGAUCCACAUCAAACCUGGCUCGAAGGUCAUGUACCUGGGUGCCGCAUCAGGGACAACAGUGUCCCAUGUGUCAGACAUCGUUGGACCUGAGGGUCUUGUGUAUGCUGUGGAGUUCUCUCACAGGUCAGGACGUGAUCUGCUCAAUGUUGCCAAAAAGAGAACCAACAUCAUUCCCAUCAUUGAGGAUGCCCGGCAUCCACACAAAUACCGCAUGCUUGUUGGCAUGGUAGAUGUCAUCUUCGCUGAUGUGGCCCAGCCUGAUCAGACCAGAAUUGUUGCACUCAAUGCUCACAAUUUCCUUAAGAACGGAGGUCACUUUGUCAUCUCAAUCAAGGCAAACUGCAUUGAUUCAACGGCAGCACCGGAGGCUGUGUUUGCUGCGGAGGUGAAGAAGAUGGGCUCAGAAAACAUGAAGCCCCAGGAGCAGCUGACAUUGGAACCUUAUGAGAGAGAUCACGCCAUCGUAGUAGGAAUCUACAGACCUGCUCCCAAGAAUAAGAAGUGAACUGGCCCUUAGCAGCUGUGGCAUAGUGACUUUUUCUGUGGAUCCACCUCUGCCAUGGGGGGUGCUCAGCACUGGGAUUUAGCAAGGCACUGAUUGGACCCCCACAUGCUUACACCCAUAUCCAAACUGACCAUUUUAGUAUUCCUGUCUCCAGAGCUUGGACGGUUUAGAAGUACAUACGUUUUUUGGGGGGGUCUGGGGAGAGGGUGUCGGGGUGGAAUUCACGUCGCUAAUUAACUCUGUAGUGCCAUGUAAAGUAGUGUACAGAGGGAAAGCCUGAUAUAUUGAUUUUAAAACUUUGUUUGUUUAUUCAUGUUCAUUUGAAAUCUAAUGCUUUUAAAGAACUGUUUCAGUUUAUCAUUGAGGUCAAAUAAUUAUUUUCCCCGUGAUGUUAAAACAAGACUGGCUUACACCUAUGUAUGUUUCACUUUGACCUAAAUGUGAUUUUGUACCUUGAGUUUUUUAUUAAAACAGUAUGUGAUUGUA